AGGAUUAAUAGCAAAUCGUUUAAGCUCAUGACCGACUUGUUUGCCUAUUUAUUAUAUGAAUUCGUAGAGGACAUUACACACCUACACAGAACUUUUCUUUUAUCAAGAUGAGAAAAGCAAUGCUGGUGUGGCUAAUGGCGGGCGCGCUUGGUUACUGCAGUGUAGUUACCGCAGCGCCGCCGCCGGCCGCUCUCUCGCGGGCCAUGCCGAGAAGAGGCGCCGACAGCUGUCGGCCCGUCGUGAUCGCCCACCGUGGCGCCAGCGGCUAUGUACCGGAGCACACUCUGGGCGCCUACGCCCUCGCCAUCACCAUGGGCGCGGACUACGUUGAACCCGAUCUUGUAAUGACCGCCGACGGACACCUCAUCGCCCGACACGACAACGAACUUGGCCUCACCACGGAUGUUGCUCAGCGUCCCGAAUUCGCCGACCGCUUUCGAACACAAAUUGUCGACGGUCGUCAGAUGACCGGUUGGUUUACAGAAGAUUUCACCCUCGCUGAAAUAAAAACGCUCCGAGCUAUUGAACGCAUACCAAGCUCGAGGCCCGGCAACGCAAGAAUGGACGGUGCUUUCGACAUUCCUACAUUCCAAGAAAUUAUAGACCUUGUAAAAAGUAUGGAGAUAAGCGAAAGACGUACCAUUGGUAUUUACCCGGAAAUCAAGCACGGUACCCAUUUCCAACAUUUAGGAUUGGCAAUGGAGCGACGGCUAGUUGACACGUUUCACAGAAGCGGAUACGUGGGACCUCUGGCUCCAGCUUAUAUUCAGUCUUUUGAAGUUAACAAUUUGAAGGAACUUAAAGAACUAACAGACCUUCGUUUGAUACAAUUGUACGGCGGAAACCCAGCAAACCAGCCGUUCGAUCAAUACGUUGCUGGCACAAAACUGACAUACGCCGAUAUGGCGACGCCAGAAGGGCUCAAAGAAGUCGCAAAAUAUGCCCACGCCGUGGGACCGGAAAAGAACUACAUUAUUCCUCGUAAAGAGGACAAUACACUGGGCGAACCUACUAAUUUUGUAAAAGACGCUCACGCGGCGGGCUUAGAGGUACACCCGUACACUUUCCGUGCUGAGAACUCUUUCUUGCCUGCGGAAUAUCGCAGCGAAAGCCUUUCAGAGGCGGCCAUCGGGGAUUUUAAUGGAGAAUUAAUAACCUUUAUUGCCACCGGCAUUGAUGGACUGUUCGCUGACCAACCGGAUGUGCCCCUGCGUGUCAGAGAUGUAUGUCUAGAAAACAAGCUAUAGUAGAAAUUAUUUUUAAAUUGUAAUUUGAUUGUACACGCCAUAAGUUUCUUAUUGAUGUAACAUCGUUACAUAGGAAUAGUCCGUUAGGAACAUAUUAUAACUAUAUUAUUUUUACCUUUAAAAAUGUGACCGCCUUUAAAAUAUCACAAAGUUAAUGACCUUAUUUUCAAGUUCUUGUCUAGUUUAUUCAACAGUUCUUAUCGGGUGGAGUAAAUAUGCCCUUAGCGUAGUAUUAGACGAGUUCUCAUUCAAGGUAAAUAACGAUGUAAUUAAAAAGUAGAUACUUUAUAUAUGUUUCGUCAACUAUAAAUUGUAAAUUUUAGCUGUAAUAAAUUUGUAUAAAUUAAAAAAA